AUGGCCACAUCCAACAGCACGCAGCAAUUGUCGCUGACACUCACCUCACCAACGCUGCCGCCGUCAUCAUCAGACUCACCGUCACCCUCCGACUCCACCCCGUCAGCCCUGGAUUCCUCAUCCUCGCCCUCACAAGACACGGACACGGCCACGGCCACCUCGCCGUCGUCUCCCGCCGCCACCAUGUCUACUCCCGCAAACACGUCGACCCCGGUGAUUCCGCCUUCGAGCGAUCCCGUCACCAGCCCUUCCAAUUCGCCUUCGCAGCCCUCCACUCCUACUGCUGAGCCUACGCCAACUACUACACCACCCACAACGCCAACAACGCCUACUCCCACUCCCACCCCAACUGAGCCAUCUACGCAGCCGACUCCCACAACGCCAACCAGCACGCCCGUUGAGCCGUCGAGCACACCGGCACCGACUACGCCCACGACGACCACUCCGACGUCAGUGAGCACCCUCACAACACAGAUCACCACCGAUGGCAGCACGGUUACCGUCGUCGAAACAAAGACGGCGACCCCGACACCAGAUCCGUCGUUGCCAUCCACGAGCUCCACUCCGGCUCCGGGGCUUACUCAACCAAACGGAGGCGCUGGUGGCAGCGGGCUGGAUCAGAAGGGUGUGAUUGCUGUGGCUGUCGUAGUCCCAGUCGUCGGAGUCGCCCUCAUCGUAGUUGCGGCCUUGUUCUUCUGGAGACGACGACGUCAGCGUCGUGAUGCGGAGGAGGAGAGAAGGAAGGAGGUCGAAGACUACAGCUACAACCCCAACAAUGACCCCACGCUCCCAGAUGUCGGCAGCUCUGCCGGUGCAUACGAGCUCAAGGACGACACUACAUCCGGCUAUCGCGGCUGGGGCUCGACCACUGUGGGUUCGACAGGACGUAAAGCCUCGACCACCAUGUCUGGCGGCGUCGGCGGGGUCGCUUACUCUGAUGUUUCACACUCAAGGCGUGAUCCCUCGGAAGGCUACUCAGAGGGUCCACUCAUGGGCGAUGGCUCACGAUCACCUGAAGGAGAGAUCCUUGGCGCCAUGGGCCCUUCUGCUGCCGAGAACCGAAGCAAUGUCCACCGUGGACCCUCCAACGCAUCGUCUUCUUACAGUGCUGCUGGACGCUCCGAUGCGUCAGGCGACAAUGCCCCUGGUGUAGCAUAUGGCAACUACUACGACGGUUACGGGAACCCCUAUGGCAACAACGCGUCGGGCCAGCAGGGCCCCGUCGAGGUUCCUGGCCAGCCUGUCAUUCGCGACAACCCGGCUCGCCGCAAUACUCGCAUUGAGAAUCCCUCCCAUUUCCCGCAACAAAGCGCUGGCAUCUCACAAAACUUCUAA